AUGGAGUCGUUCUUUAGAAACCUUACUGAACAAGUUAUUUGCUCCAUUUGUCUCGAAACCUACAAGAAACCGAAAAUCAUAUCCUGUUUUCACACAUUUUGCUGUGAUUGUUUACAAAAACAUGCCACAAAGAGCCAAAGAAAUGGAAAAUUUCGAUGUCCUGAGUGUCAGGCAGAAAUCGAACUGCCAGAAGGAAAUCGCUUCCACAAUUUACCUGCAAGUUUCUUUCACAACAGGUUAUUAAGUCUUCUCGCUGUUCGAGAGAGUGGUCAUGGCACAAGUAUUACUUGUGGUAACUGUAAGAAGACCAGCCAGUCUAACGUCCAUUACUGCUUUGACUGUUUUCGAUUCAUGUGCUUGGACUGUUUGAACGCUCAUGAAGUGAUGAGCACCGACUUCGGUGGACACAAAGUCAUGCCAGUUAAGGACUUUCAAGAUCAAGAUUACGAGGCAUUGUUGAAGCAACAGCACUUUUGCUCAAAAAAAUUCCACGAGAAACAGAUCAAAAGAUUUUUCUGCCUUCAGUGUCAAUCGAGCAUCUGCAAUAUUUGCAUCAUCACGGAUCACCAAAACCACAAAGUUGAUUUAAUCGACAACAUGGCUGAAAACGAGAAAGGAAACAUCACGGCUAACGCAGCACUCGUCAGAGAAAGGAGAACCGAUUUGAAGAAAGUUCUUCGACAAAUUGAAGAAACAGAGUUAAACCUGGAAAGAAACGUCGCAAGCGCGAAAGCGAAAGUUAUUCAAGCAGCCGAACAUAUGAUCGCACAAAUUCGAGAACGCGAGAAAGAGGCUAUCGCCUCUCUCGAGACCACACGCGUGACGAGACUCGAGAGCAUUAACUCGUCGAAGGCUGCGACCGAUUCUCUGGUGAAACAAAUGGAUCAAGUUGUUGAAUUUGCAGAGAAUUUGUCACAAAGAAGCUCGAGCUCAGAUGUCAUGGAGAAUAAAGAUAACUUACGACAAAAAUUUAUUGAACUUCGUGAAAUUGAAUUUCCAAUUCAUCACGAUACCUCCUUCAUCAAAUUUGUCCCGUCGUCUAUGGAGGAUCUAAAACUAGGUAUAGUUUUUUCGGAGGGAAUGGAUCCUGAUCAGUUUAACUUGGAGGGGCUGGAUCAAACUCUCCAAGCUGGUGUUAAAGCAGAAUUCUUAUUGUCCCCCAAGGUUGGAGGUUAUAGCACCCGCAUGGAUCUUAAGGAAGAAAUCGAAAUAACCGUAGAACCCAUGGAAGAUGUCACGGAUGUGAUGGUUUGCGACGGAGAGAGUGGCAAACUAGUAUUGAUUUUUACGCCCAAAGCACCUGGUGCCUACAACAUUGAAGUGAAAAUUAGUGGCAAUAAACUUCAGACUUCUCCUUUCACUGUUUUGGCAGUACCACGUGAGAUUGUUGUGGUUGGCGAGUUGGACCUGAAGCUUUCUAACGGAGAAGAGCUGCAAAGACCCUUCAGAAUUGCAGUGAACACGAAAGAAGAGAUGGCCAUUACGGACAUCAGCGGACACUGCAUUUUCUUAUUUGAUAAAAAGGGAACAUUUUUAAGAAAAAUUGGAGGCCAAGGCGAAAUUGCUGGAAAAUUUCACCACCCGCAUGGUUUGGCAUUCGUAAGUGAUAACGACAUUCUGGUUGCAGAUUCAUCAAAUCAUAGGAUUCAGCAAACAGAUGUUUGCAGAGGAAAAUGUGUAAAAAGCUUUGGAAAAUAUGGAAGAGCGAAAGGAGAGUUUGCUAAGACGUCUGAUGUUUACUUGGAUGAAGAACUCCGCGUUGUUGUAACCGAGGAAUCUAAUCACAGGGUACAGAUAAUGUCACUCGAAGGUGAGACUAUGAAAAUAUUUGGAAACGAGGGCCCAGAAAAACUAGACAAACCAACAAGCUGCAUUUCUUAUAAAGACAGGUUUCUGGUGUGCGAUGGAGGAAAUAAUUGCAUCAAAGUUUUCGGUCAGUCAGGAACAUUCUUAAACAAGAUUGGGAAACAAGGAGACCAAGACGGACAAUUCAACUGGCCUUUAGGAAUUCAUCUGGACCAUUCCGAAAAUCUCUUCGUAUGUGACUGUAACAAUAAUCGAGUUCAGCAAUUUUCUAUAGACGGUCGCUUCACAGGUAAAAGUGCCUCUUGCUUAGCAUAUCCAACAGGAAUAGCAACGACGCCAGAUGGGCGAAUUCUAGUGGCCUGUAGAGACAAAGUUUACAUAUUGAACUAAGCCUUUGAUAAUUGUCAGUGUUUGUAGCCGGGGCUGCGAUGUAAUGACGAUAGAAUCCUCUCGUCAAAAGAAGGGUAAAGCAAUGGACUGCAUAUUGUGACAAAUUCCCUUCUUACAAGCACCGUUUAGGAAUGAUGUUAUUUUUCCUUCAAGUACAUUUCUCGUUAACACGCGCAUGGUGUUGAUAUUUAAUGAAGACUAUUUUAGUUUUUCACCUUCUUCUUAUAAGCAUUUACAA